AUAAUCGUACUUAGUAUGGCUUUCUUCUUUUAGAAACACCCUUUUCGAACCCCAAAUUAUUGGCCUUAUACCUGCACUGAUUAUCUCCAGGGUCAUGGGUACCUCUAAUGGUUGCAGAAUAGAUUAUGCUGAUCUGGAUGAGUCUUAUCAGCCAAUAUUACAUGAAAGACGUUCAUUCUCGGGGGAGACGGUGAGUUCUGAACUUGAAGAAAUAUUAUCUAACAUGGAAUUAUCCCGCAGUCGGCGAAUCCUGAGAGCCACCUUUCUUGAACUGAAAAUCCUCUUUCCUCUAGCAGCACCAGCAAUUGUGGUUUACUUGCUCAAUUUUCUUAUUUCCAUAUCCACCCAAAUUUUCUGUGGUCAUCUUGGCAAUCUUCAACUUGCUGGUGCCUCUCUUGGCACUACUGGCAUCCAAGUUUUUAUCUUUGGCAUUAUGUUGGGCAUGGGAAGUGCAGUGGAGACACUAUGUGGACAAGCCUAUGGAGCACACAAAUAUGAAAUGCUAGGCAUAUAUAUGCAAAGAUCCACAAUUCUUCUCACUUUAUCUGGGCUUGUGCUUAUGUUUAUCUACAUCUUCUGCAAGCCUAUCUUACUGGGACUACACGAAUCUCCUUCCAUUGCAUCUGCAGCUGCAAUUUUUGUCUAUGGUUUAAUUCCACAAAUCUUUGCUUACGCCUGCAAUUUUCCCAUACAAAAGUUCUUGCAAGCUCAAAGUGUAAUUUUCCCUAGUGCAUGCAUAUCAGCUGGUACUCUUGUACUGCAUGUACUACUAAGUUGGGUUGUAAUUUUCAAGCUUGGAGGAGGGUUGUUGGGUGCUGCAUUGGUUGCGAGUCUUUCAUGGUGGAUUAUAGUGGUGGCCCAGUUUGUGUACAUUCUAGCAAGCAAGAAGUUCAAGCACACCUGGAGGGGUUUUAGUAUCCAGGCCUUCUCUGGGUUAUGGGAUUUCUUCAAGUUGUCCCUUGCAUCAGGUGUUAUGCUAUGCCUUGAGACUUGGUACUAUCAGAUACUAACGUUGAUCGCAGGGCUGCUUAAAAAUGCUGAAGUUUCCUUGGACGCUCUGUCCAUCUGCAUGGCGAUAAACGGGUGGUGUUUUAUGAUCUCUGUUGGUUUUCAAGCAGCAGCAAGUGUGAGAGUAGGCAAUGAGUUAGGAGCUGGACAUCCCAAAGCAGCUUCUUUUGCUGUUAUAAUAGUAAAUUUAAGCUCAUUGAUCAUAUCUGUGAUCUUGGCCAUUGCUGUGCUCUUGUUGCGGCAUGUCAUAAGCUAUGCCUUCACUAGUGGUACGGUGGUUGCCGGUGCUGUUGCGGAGCUUUCCCCCUUUUUGGCUGCCUCCAUCGUACUAGGUGGAGUCCAACCUGUUUUGUCUGGAGUGGCUGUUGGAUGCGGAUGGCAAGCAUUUGUGGCAUAUGUUAAUAUUGCAUGUUACUACAUAAUUGGCAUUCCAUUGGGUUGCGUUCUUGGCUUUACAUGCGACAUGGGUGCAAAGGGAAUAUGGAGUGGAAUGUUGGGAGGCACAAUUAUGCAGACUAUAGUCUUAUUAUGGGCAACAUUUAGGACAAAUUGGAAAAAAGAGGUGGAGAAAGCUCACAGUCGAUUGGAUUCUUGGAAUGACAAUAAAGAACCACUUUUGAAGGAGUAAAAUGGACAUCGGUUUAGGUUCAGUGGAUAUUUUGCUUGCCUUUAAGGAGAUAAUUUUACUAAAUAAAUCUCAAGAAGCAAGAUGUUUCCUUUUUCAUUUCUUAUAGUUUCUCAUAUCCUUUUCCCCUUUGAAUAUUCAAGAGCAUUGA